UUUUUUUCUUCUAAAUUUCAGAACCGAGAGCUGCAAAUAAUGAGAAAGCUGGAUCACUGCAACAUUGUGCGGCUGCGCUACUUCUUCUAUUCCAGUGGAGAGAAGAAGGACGAGGUUUACCUGAACCUGGUGCUGGAUUAUGUUCCGGAGACGGUGUACAGAGUGGCCAGACAUUACAGCCGCGCCAAGCAGGCGCUGCCCAUGAUAUAUGUCAAGUUGUACAUGUAUCAGCUGUUCCGCAGUUUAGCCUACAUCCAUUCCUUUGGGAUCUGCCAUCGGGACAUCAAACCACAGAACCUCCUGCUGGACCCCGAUACUGCGGUGCUGAAGCUGUGCGACUUCGGAAGUGCUAAACAGCUGGUCCGUGGGGAGCCCAAUGUCUCCUACAUCUGCUCUCGGUACUAUAGGGCCCCGGAGUUGAUCUUUGGGGCCACUGACUACACCUCCAGCAUAGAUGUGUGGUCAGCGGGUUGUGUGCUGGCAGAGCUCCUCCUCGGGCAGCCCAUCUUCCCCGGGGACAGCGGUGUCGACCAGCUGGUGGAGAUCAUCAAGGUCCUGGGCACCCCGACACGGGAGCAGAUCAGAGAGAUGAACCCCAACUACACAGAGUUCAAGUUCCCUCAGAUAAAGGCGCACCCCUGGACUAAGGUUUUCAGAGCUCGAACUCCCCCGGAGGCCAUUGCAUUGUGUAGCCGGCUGCUGGAAUACACGCCAACCGCCCGCCUCACCCCACUGGAUGCCUGCGCCCACUCCUUCUUUGAUGAGCUGCGAGACCCCAACCCCAAGCUCCCCAAUGGCCGUGAAUUCCCUGCACUGUUUAACUUUACCACUCAAGAACUGUCCAGUAACCCUUCCCUCUCUUCUAUCCUAAUCCCGGCACAUGCUCGGAACCAAGCGUCUGUGUCCACCCCCACGAAUGCCACAGCAACAUCAGACUCAAAUGCUGGGGACCGCGGGCCGACUAACAACGCAGCCUCCGCCUCUGCCUCCAACUCCACCUGAGCCAAUACCGCAGCAUGUACCGCGCACGGACGAGAAGGAAACGGGCAAAGUAGCAAGAGGGUGGGGAAAGAGAGGGGGAUGGCGCUCACCCUGUGUCCCUGGACUCCUCCACCAAACACUGGCCACAUUUAUCAAGAAGAAGAAAAUAUAUAUAUAUAUAUAUACAUAAACUGUAAAGGAAGAGCGCCAUCAUGUGGAUUUUAGUGGUUCAGUUUUUUAUUAUUAUAAUUAUUAUUGUUAUUUAACCUUGUAAAAUAUCUAUAAAUACUGCAGGUUAUUUUCUUCUUUUUUUUUUUUUUUUCUUAAUUUUUUUUUUUUUUUUUUUGCGUGUAAUUUUUUUGUUUUAAUUAUUUUUUUUUUAAAUCGGGCUCCAUAGGAGUUUUGUUGGUGAGAGGGGCGGGGUCCUCUUCCCCUCCCCCAUCACUUGCCCAGUGGAGGACGGUUUGAUGAUUGGCCGCUGAUGCAUCCGUCGCCCACUGGCCCCUCAUCAGUUCUUGUGGUUUUUACUUUUUUGUAAAUGGUGCAGUCAGCGGGAUCGGGGGCCGGCUCCUCCCAUCAUCACACCGGAUUGAAUCUGGGAGUGCCUUAUUGUAUGAGACCGCCCCCACGCUGCGCACCCUCCCUUCCCCCUUAGUUCUUUCCUCUGUAGGUUGCAGACGUCUCAGUUUCCAUGUUUUUUUGUUUUUUUUCUAUUGUAAAUUUUGCCAAAUUUGCUUGAGGGAGGAAAGAAUGGAGAGGGGGGGGACACUCAUGCAUGUGGCUUUUUAUUGGCUUCUGUAGUGACCUCAUUGAUUGGUUGGGUCAGAUGCAAGGGAGGGGCUUCACUAUGUAGGGACAUUUUACCUCCACCCCUCCUGCUGCUUCCAUGGGCAUUAACUCUGCUGGACUAGUAUUGCUCCCACGAUUUCCACUCGGCAAGAGGACAAUUGCCAUUAACCUUUUCACUGCUGCUGCCAGGGUCGUCCCUUCUAUGAUAGAUUUUUGCUCCUAUUGUUCUGGGGUGUCCAGGUAGAGGAAAAUUUGAGUUCCAGACCCUGUAGACAUUGUCCAUGAACCCGCCCCCCAUCAUUGAGUACAUGGCCCUGUAGACAUUGUCAAUGAACCCACCACUCAUCAUUGAGUACACGGCCCUGUGGACAUCGUCAAUGAACCCGGCCCCCAUCAUUGAGUUCCUUGCCCUGUAGACAUCGUCUAUGUACCUAACCAGCCAUCAUUCAGUUCUCGCCCUCGUAGACAUUGUCAGUGUACCCACCACCCAUCAUUGUGUUCCCUGCCCUUUGAACAUUGUCAAUCAAUCCACCACCCAUCAUUGAUUUCCAAGCCCCGUAAAAAUCGUCAAUAUACCCACCAUCCAUCAUUGACUUCUCAGCUUCAUGCACAUCGUCGAUGUAUGUACCACCCAUCAUUCAGUUCCCGCGCCCGUAGACAUCGUCAAUAUACCCACCUCCCAUCACUGACUUCUCAGCUUCAUGCACAUCGUCGAUGUAUGUACCACUCAUCAUUCAGUUCCUGCCUCCGUAGACAUCGUCAAUAUACCCACCUCCCAUCCCUGAGUUCUUAGCUUCAUGCACAACGUCCAUGUACCCAUCAUUCAGUUCCCGCCUCCGUAGACAUCGUCAAUAUACCCACCUCCCAUCACUGAGUUCUCAGCUUCAUGCACAUCGUUGAUGUAACCACCACCCAUCAUUGAUUUCCCAGCCCAGUAGACAUCCUCGAUGUACCCACCACCCGACGGUAGGGAAGCCCCUGCAGAAAAGCUCUUGGGUCUUCUUGGAGAUUGAUAUCACAAUGGUUCGCUUCUGGAGGCUGCCUCUGUGCAUCCACAGAUGAUAUGCCCGUUUAUUGAAUACAUGCGCCCGGUGUUGGGUUUUUCCCGGAUGAUUCCUGUUACUCUUCAUGGUAAUUCAUCCCGAGGUCUAAGGCACCAGACACCUCACAGAGGACAUCAGUGGACAUUGAAUUGGUUCAUAGUGCUGGUGCCAUAUACAUCAUAUGGCCGAGAUUUUACCCCUUAAGUGGUUUUCCAGGUGGCGCUCUGCCCGUUCCCUGUGGUUACGGUACAUUUGCAUAUGGCGGAGCAGCUUCUCGUCUUAUUUUUGUGAGAUGUCUGGUUCUCGGCCCUCUGGGAGCGUUAGAGGCUCAAUGUCUGGGUCCCUUAGUGGUGCAGAAAAUGACCUCUCGGAACCCUUUAUAGGGUGAAUAACAUUGUGGCUUAUUCUCUACUCACAGCCGAAGCUGCAACAGAUUAAAGGGGUACUCCAGGCCAAAACUUUUUUUUAUAUAUCAACGGGCUCCGGAAAGUUAAACAGAUUUGUAAAUUACUUUGAUUAAAAAAUCUUAAUCCUUCCAAUAGUUAUUAGCUUCUGUAGUUGAGUUGUUGUUUUCUGUCUAACUGCUCUCUGAUGACUCACGUCCCGGGAGCUGUGCAGUUCCUAUGGGGAUUUUCUCCCAUCAUGCACAGCUCCCGGGACAUGACAUCAUCAUUGAGCAGUUAGACAGAAAACUUCAGAAGCUAAUAACUAUUGGAAGGAUUAAGAUUUUUUAAUAGAAGUAAUUUACAAAUCGGUUUAACUUUCCGGAGCCAGCUGAUAUAUGAAAUAAAAGUUUUUGCCUGGAAUACCCCUUUAAUCUGGUUUCCUGGCUUGUUUAUGGCGAUACAUUGUGGGGAGGGCAGUGUUCACACUGGGCCCAGAGUGGUGUCAUAAUGCAGUGCAUUGUGGGAUCUCGCCUCAGCCAGGAGUGGGGAGUGCAGCUUUGGAUGUGAUGGAGACAUUAUUUAACCAGUGAAAUGCUGUGGAGCAGAGACCCCUGGCUUCUGUAUGUGCUGAGCCACUCCCCUUUAAAGGGGUACUCCACUGGCCAGUGUUCCGAACAUCGGCUACGCACCCACAUGACAUCAGGUCAUGCCCCUUAAUGCAAGUCUAUGGGAGGAGGCAUGACGGCCGUCACGUCGCCUCCCAUAGACUUGCAUUGAGGGUGUGGUCGGACUUCACCAGGGGGCAUGGACGUUCCAAAUGCUGGCCAGUGGAGUACCACUUUAAGCAUGUGUAGUUCUGCUGAAGCUUCACCAAAAGAGAUGCAGAUCCUCCUUCCCCACCGGCCGUGAGAGGGUUAAGUAGCCAUAGCAUUCUUGUUUUCCUCUGGAUCAGCCUCCCUCCGCACUUUUUUCGUACCAUAGCGACAUUUCACAUAUGCCAUGUCCCUGAUAAAAGCACAGUGCAUGUAUGGGAUGACCAGAAGGUUCCACGUCACAGUCAGUGCGGGAGGGGGGAGGGGUGGGGAUCGCGGCGUCUGCGCUCUGUGUAUUUUUUACUUUUUUGUCACAUGCAAAACAAUCGCAAUAAUUUCAAUAUUUUCAUUUUAUUUUUUUUAUUCUUAAGUCUUACCUGCGGCGGGGUAAAAUGGGACUCGACCGUCUCCGUGCUUCAGAAUGUCGCCUACAGCUGUGAUUCCUUCUCUAUAGAUUAUAUAUAUAUAUAUAUAUACAUAUAUAUUAUUUUUUUUUCGCUUUGCCUGUAAUAUCGCAUCAACGUGUGUUUUUCGGAUGUACGACUCAGCGAACAUCCUCGAAACAGCUGGGAAGAAUCCAUCACGAUACGUGUAGAGGAAAAAAAAAAGACAAAAAAAAUAUAUAUAAAACAAACAAAAGCAAAAAAAUACACAAAAAGUUUCCAGUGGGCAGCGGUGACUCCGCCUCCUGCGUUCACAGUCAGAGAACAUUAUUACUACUUGAAUGCCUUCGUGACUCAAACAACAACCUGUAUUUUGGGCCCCGGUGGCGGCGGCGGCGCGGUCACGGUCUAUAGAUAUUUUUUUUUUAUUUUGUCUGUUCUGACGCCUCGUGUCCUGUCGCCGCCUCUUUAGCCCCUCCCCCUCCCUCCCCUCUUUGUAAAUACAUUUUGUUCUGUGUGACACAAUUCCAGAAAUAGUUACCUGGUAUCUGUAAUUUGCAUUAAAUAAAAAAAAAAGUAGG